UCCUUUCAGUUCAGCCACAGUCCCCUCCUACCUCCUCAGAUAUAGUGAGCAUUUUGACUAGCCGCGGAGUCAACCAGAGCUGAAUCUUUAACAGAGCACGCUGCUGGGUCUCUCUGCCUCAGCCCCCAGACACACACACACACACACACCAUACACACACACACCGACCAAACACAUGGAGUACUGCCGCGCUGUGUUUCUCUGGAUCUGCUGCAGCCUGUUACCAGGGCUCCAUGAUGGUUUCAACAUCCACACCAAGAACCACAGGAUCAUCAAGGGCCCCAAGCAGGCCCAGUUUGGAUACACUGUGCAGCAGCACGUUGCCGGGGGACAAAAGUGGUUAUUGGUGGGAGCUCCAUAUGAAACCAAUGGUCACCACCAGACAGGGGAUGUGUACAAAUGCCCAUUGGGAAAACGGUCCAAUGGCAGCUGCUCUAAACUCAACCUAGGAAGGAUUUCUCUGACUAAUGUCGCCGAGCGAAAAGACAAGAUGAGGCUGGGGAUGACGCUGACAACCAACCCCAAAGACAACAGCUUUGUGGUCUGUGGACCCCUGUGGUCCUAUGAGUGUGGCAGCUCAUACUACAGCACUGGGAUAUGCUCUCGAGUCAACGCCAGCUUCAAAUUCUCCAAAACCAUAGCUCCAGCCUUCCAGAGGUGUGAGACCUACAUGGAUAUAGUGAUCGUUCUGGAUGGUUCCAACUCCAUCUACCCCUGGACGGAGGUGCAAGCCUUUCUUAUCAACAUUUUACAGAAGUUCUACAUUGGACCAGGCCAGAUACAGGUUGGAGUGGUGCAGUAUGGGGAGAAGGUGGUGCACGAGUUCCAUCUGAAUGACUACAAGUCGGUGGAGGAGGUGGUGAAGAGAGCAAGCAACAUCCAUCAGAGAGGUGGAGAGGAAACCAACACGGCACUCGGCAUCAACGUCGCUCGCUCAGAAGCCUUCAAACGAGGAGCCCGACGAGGCGCCAAGAAGGUGAUGAUCGUGAUCACUGACGGGGAGUCACAUGACAGCCCUGACCUUCAACAGGCCAUCGAGGACAGCGAGAAGGAUGGCAUCACCCGCUAUGCCAUCGCUGUUCUUGGCUACUACAACCGGCGUGGAAUCAACCCAGAAGCAUUCCUGAAUGAAAUCAAGUAUAUCGCUAGUGACCCCGAUGACAAGCACUUCUUCAAGGUGACUGAUGAGUCUGCCUUGAAGGACAUUGUGGACGCGCUUGGGGAUAGGAUCUUCAGUUUGGAAGGGACCAGUAAGAACGGGACAGCCUUUGGCCUCCAGAUGUCUCAGGCUGGCUUCUCUUCACACUUCGUGGAGGAUGGGAUCCUGGUGGGGGCACCGGGGGCCUACGACUGGAAUGGAGCCGUCCUGAAGGAGACCCGACAGGGGAAGGUGGUUCCACCCAAGUCCUCCUACUCACAGGAAUUCCCAGAGGAGCUGAAGAACCACGGCGCCUACCUAGGUUACACAGUAACAUCGGUGGUGUCGGCCAAGAACUGUUCUACUAACAACCAUACUGGCAAGGUCAUCAUCUUCACCCUCAAGAACACUGGUAACCUCACCAUCCUGCACUCCCUCAAAGGACAACAGAUCGGGUCGUACUAUGGGAGUGAGAUCUCCCCGGUGGAUAUAGAUGGUGAUGGAGUAACAGACAACCUACUGGUGGCAGCUCCCAUGUUCUUCAGUGGAGGCUGGGAGAAGGGCAAGGUGUACAUCUACAGAGUGACUGAGCUGAAUCGUUUCGUCCUGGAGGGAGCGUUGGAGAUCCAGGACCAUGGUCAGAACGCUCGGUUCGGCUCCUCGCUGGCCCCGGUCCCUGACCUGAACGGGGACGGCUUCAACGACGUGGUGGUGGGGGCUCCGCUGGAGGAUGACCACAGAGGAGCUAUCUACGUCUUCUUCAGCCAACGCAACAGGAUUCUGCGGAAAUACAAACAGAGGAUAGCUGCGUUAGACAUCGCUAGUGGCCUGCGCUACUUUGGUCGUAGUAUCCAUGGCAGUAUGGACAUGAAUGAGGAUGGCCUGGUGGACUUGGCCGUGGGGUCCCUGGGGGCAGCCGUGCUUCUAUGGUCUCGCAGUGUCGUCCGAAUUCAUGCCAACAUCAGGUUUGAACCCAGCAAGAUCAACGUCUUUGUGAAGGACUGUGAGAGGGGAGGCAAGGACGUGACCUGCAUGUCAGCCAUAGUGUGUCUAAACGUCACCGCCCGGACAGCCAUACCUCCUACACAGGAAGUGGCCAUCACUUACAACACCACCAUUGGGGAGCGCCGAUUCAACCCCAGAGCCAUAAUGGACGACCCUGAUAAACUGCUGUUUCAAAACCUGACCCUGCUUUCUGGAGAGGAGACUUGUCAACACAUCUACUUCCAUGUCAUGGAGACCACGGACUACGUGAGGCCCAUCGUGUUCACUGUGGCAGUGGCACUGCAGGAUCCCGACCAGGGCCCUGCGCUGGACGACACCUGGGCCACCACCUUCAGGACUGAGCUUCCCUUCUGGAAUGGUUGUGAUGAGGACGACCGCUGUAUACCAGGCCUGUCCUUACAGAGUACAACUGACCUGCUGUCUUGGAGGCAGUUCUGUGGGAAUGCAGUCCACUCCAGGGGUGCGAUGUGUCGACGUCUGUCCGAAGGAGGGGACGAGGGGUCAGAGCGAGUGAUGGAGGGAUCGAGGAGGAGGAUGUUGGUGGACGUUCGUCUGGAGAACAGGGGAGAAAACGCCUACGGAGCCCGCCUCAACAUCACCUACACUCCUAACCUACGAUUCUCUAGUCUCAUAGUCAAGGACAACUCAGAUAUCAAGAUAGAGUGUCGCAGUGAGGACAGACAGAGGCAUGAGAAGACCUGCAACGUCAGCGCUCCCUUCAUGAGAGCCAAGACCCAGGUAUCUUUCCGCCUGGAGUUUGAGUUCAGCCGAUCAGUGUUCCUGGACCACGUACGAGUCAUUCUAGAAGCCAGCAGUGACGGAGAGGAGGUUACCUUAGAAGACAAUUUCAACGACAUCUUUCACCCGCUGAAAUACGAGGCUGACCUCCUAUUUACAAGGGACUCCAACCCCUCUGGCUGUGAAAUCAAAGCAGACCUCUCCCUGGAGAUAGCAGGAAAUAUUGGUCCUCCAUUCAACUUCACCUUCCAGAUUCAGAACCUGGGCUUCUUUCCCGUGACGGACCUGCAGUUGAAUAUAGAAAUUCCAGAGAUGACCAAAAACGGGAACCAGCUGUUGCAGAUAUCGGACUUCCAUAUUGACAAAACAGACGGUACCCACUGCAUACCCCCUCAACAUGUGGCACAGAGCAGGGCGUCCCCAGAAGACCUCUCCAGAGUCUCACGCCUGAACCAGUCCAAUACUCUGCCUCUGCCGGUCCAAUGCACUGUCAACCUGAACCCCUACAAGGAAGUCAGCGUCAGAAUCAGGGGGGCAUUGCGGUUGGACGCCUUGCAUGCUCUGAGGUUCAAAGUCCUGGAACUGGUGACAAGUGCAACAGUAGAACUUCCACCUUCAAGCCCCAUGUUUCUUCAUGAAGAAAGGCCUGUCAGACAUAUAAUCCUGGAGAUUAGGAAAGAAGGGGAUUACAGAAUCUCAAUCUGGAUUAUCAUUGGGAGCACGCUGGGAGGGUUGUUACUGCUGUCCCUGCUCAGCCUAGCUCUAUGGAAGCUUGGCUUCUUCCAGAGGCAGAAGAGGAGAGAAGAGGAUGAGCAGGAGACCAAUGGAAAGGUGGCAGAGGAGCGGUAACUAACGCAGGCGAGGGACCAGCCAUCACACACACACACAGGGGAACCAACACUCAGGGACUGUCCCAUCCCCCCCGACACUACAGCGGUACAGUCCAGAAGGCUCUGCAAGAUGAGACCGUCAGAUCAAGACCUGCUCAGUGCACUGGAAGACCAACUGUACCUGUAUGACCCAUGAGACGUUAGCACUACCAACCAUAAUGCCCUGCCCUCCACUGUAAUGCUGAGACUACUGGACCCUCCUCGGUGCCUGGUUACCCAUACCCACCUCUGACCUCUACCCUUUAGCUAGACACCCUUCCCCAUGGUUACCCACCUC